CGUUAACCAAAUCAUACAUUAUAAUGCGACAUCAACUUUCCCGUCCGUAAUGCCCAGCGGCCCCAUCGAAAUAAAAGUUGCAAUUCUCUAUAUCGGCAGGUCAUUUUCAGGCGUCAAAAUCUUCCCUAUCCGAAAAAGAAAAAAUAAAUUAAAAAGGAAUGUACCUGAAGAAGCCGUUUUGGAGUGACUCCUUCGACCCGGAGCCGGAAUCCGAGCCGCCGUCGCCGGUUUUCGAGCUGGUCAAGUCGCUCGACCGGCAGAGAUUGUACCGCGAGGUGACCCUCGCACUCCGAACCGGGCUCCGCGAGGCCCGGGCCGAGUUCUCGUUCCUACGUAUUCGCGGACUUCGUAGCCUUCUCAAGUUCCUCCGAUCAGUUGCCGAAUCGGAUGAUACGAUUAAUCUCUUUUGCCACUCACAAUCCAUACCCGAGCUCCAAGUUGUGCCUGUUCUGUUUCAACAUUCCCUUAUUGAGGUAGAAGAACAUCAUGUGGCUAAUCUAAACCACAUAUUCACUGUGGAACCUAUGAAGAUAACUAGCCCGGCCACAGAUGCUGAGGUGGCUCUUGCUCUUCGAGUUCUUGAAGGGUGCUGUCUUCUUCAUUCGGAGAGCACAAUCUUGGCUCAUCAGCACAAGGCAAUUACAGUGUUGAUGAAUAUUUUGUCAACCCGUGGGGUACUCGAGCAAGGUGCAUGUCUUGAUGCUUUAAUUGCAAUUAUGCUGGAUUCAUCCUCCAAUCAAAUGGAUUUUGAGGCAUGCAAUGGCAUCGAGGAAGUUGCUCUUCUUAUAAGAGAUAAACAAACAGAGGAACAUCUAAGGUUGAAAUGUGGUGAAUUUCUGUUACUUCUCAUUGGACAUGUAAAUGGAAGGGAAAAACCUCCAAUGAUGACAAUACACGAGGAUGUGAGGCGAUUCCUGGGUGAAAAAUCUGCCUCCUUAAUAUGGGCAGCAAGUCAAUUUGGAUCAACCCUGGAUCCCGAGCAAAGAUUAACUGCUUUGCAUAUUCAAGCUCGAAGAGUACUCGAGUCAAUUGAUCUUUACUAAAGCUAUUACAAAACAGAGCUUUUGGCAUCAACAUAUACAUAUCUUAUGUGCACUUGUGUCUUUUUGUUGGUAGAAGUUUACAACAGUUGAACCUGUUCCGAUCUCAUUUGUGCUGUUAAGUUAUCCAAUAUGUCGUAAAUCUCUUUUGCCCUCUUGUGAGAUUUGUCCCAUGCCAUAAACACAUGUGUUUCAUCUUUAUCCUCAAUCCAACUGCAGCCUGGACUUUUAAGCAGUUGUUCGUCUUUCAUUCGUUGCCUUAUUUUUCUUAAUUCAUGCCAUCUACCCGUAGAUGCAUAUAAAUUUGUCAGCAUCACAUAGUUCCCAGAGUUAUCCGGUUCUAUUUCAAUGAGCUUAUUUGCAGCUAUUUCUCCCAUAUCAACAUCCCCAUAGAUAAUACAGCCACCAAGCAGUGCACCCCAAACCACUGCAUCAGGUCUCAUAGGCAUUUUCUCGACCAUCUCGUGUGCAUGCUUGAGUUUUCCUGCUCGACUCAGUAAGUCAACCAUACAUGUAUAGUGUUUCAAUGUCGGUUUUAUCCCAUAAGAUCCCAUCAAAUCGAAAAACUCUAGUCCAGUCUCGACUGAGCCCGCAUGAACACAUGAAGACAAAACUGCAAGAAAAGUCACUUUAUCUGGUGUAAACCCGUUUAACAGCAUUUUACGAAAGAAAGCAAUUACAUCAUCUCCAUGCCCGUGCAUGGCAUACGCAUUUAGCAUGGCAUUAUGGGUGACAAGAUUAUGGUUUUUGGUCCUAUCAUGGAUAAGUUUGGCAUACUUCAUGAACCCACAUUUCACAUACAUAUCUAUCAACGCAGCUCUUAUGUACACGUCCUGUUCGAAUCCACACCUCACUGCAUAUGCAUGAAUUUGCUUGCCUCGCUCUAUAGUAGCUAGCCUCGAGCAGGCAGGUAUAACUAUUCCAACUGUGUAUAUAUCAGGUUUCAAACUUGAAGUUUGCAGAUCCGAAAACAGCUUUAGAGCCAACUCAUGGUGACCAUUCUCCAUGUAACCUGCAAUUAUUCCGUUCCAUGUGUAUAUAUUCGGUUCAAAUCUAUCACCUUUCAUCGACUCAAGAACAGAUUGAAUGCUUUCGAUUUGGUUGCAGGUAGCAUAACCAGAAACGAGGGUAUUCCAAAUCACUAUAUCCUUUUCCUUCACUUGCCAAAAGGCCUUUUUUGCAGCUUCAAGAUCUCGGCACUGGCAAUACAUGUCCACCAAUGCUCCCCCCACAAAAGGAUUUGAUUGAAAGCCUUUGGCUAUGCAAUAUGAAUGUAUAGCUUUUCCGAACUUGUGAAAACCUAUAUCCGCACAAGCUUUAAGAACGCUGCCCAAGGUAAACGAAUCGGGUUCGAUUUCUCCACUUCCUAUUAAAUCCAUAAACAAUCUCAAAGCCUCGUCGAACAUGAGAUUAUCUACAUAGCCCGAGAUCAUCGAGUUCCAAGAAAUCAAGUCCUUCAACUUCCCCUCAUUUUCCAUCCACCGAAAAAGCUCUUUUGCCUUCAAAAUCUCCCCAUUUUCACAAUACCCCGCAAUCAUGGUAUUGAAAGACACCUCGUCCCUCACUGAAAAUCUAGAGAAAACCUUGUAAGCGCUCUCCAUAGCUCCACUCCUCCGGUAGAGAUCGAUCAAUCCAUUGACGAUAUAAGGGCUCGACAUAAACCCGUGUCGUGCAAUAUAUCCAUACAUUUCCUUUCCUAACCUCAAUUUCCUCAAUCUAGCACAUGCGGGAAGAACACUCGCCAAUAUCCGUGCAUUCGGCUCGAAACUCGCGUCUCUCAUUUCAUACACCAUCCCAAUGGCCUCCUCAUCAUGACCAUUCUGCGCAAACCCACCAAUCAAAGCACUCCACGUAACUACGUUCGGUCUCAAAUCAUUUUCCCCUAACAUCUGCUCCAAAAAACUCAAUGCUUCGAAAACCCUCCCAUUAGCUGCACAAGCCGUAACCAUCGAGUUCCAAGAAACACAAUCCCUGAUCGGCAUUUUAACAAAAAUACUCUCGGCAUUGCUCAAGCUCCCACAUUUCCCGUACAUAUCAAUUAAAGCGUUCCCGACAUAAUUAUGCUGCAAGACUCCAAUUUUUGUCGUCAAUCCGUGAAGCUGUCUCCCUAACUCGACUCCACCGUGUGAACUGCAAAUCUUUAAAGCCACUGGAAAAACGAAAAACUCCAACACGAUAUCCUCGAAUUGCAAUCUCUCGAAACACGUGAGGGCUUUCUCGUAAAGCCCGUUGUCCAAAAGAAUGUUCAUUAUGGCUGUGUAAGAGUAUAAGUUUCUAUCGGGCAUUUUGUCGAACACCUUGAGUAAAUCUUCAACACAGCCCAAUUUCCCAUAGAAUUUGAGUAGCUUGGUCUGUACAAACUCGCGGCCGUGAAACCCGUUCUUGAGGAGGUGAGCGUGGACCUGUUUUCCGAGCUCGAGGCAGUUGCAUGAAUCGAGUGCUAAAGCAUAGUCGCCGGAAUUUAAUCCGCCGCGGAGAAAGGGGAAAAUGGUUCGAGUUUGAGAAGGUGAUGGGUCUGAUUGCUGUUUUUCUGUUAGUGGUGCUCGCGGGGAGUGUUGGCUGUUGAGCUUCGGGAAUGAAAGGCGAAAUUGGGGAGAUGAUAGUGGCGCAGGUGGUGGAGGCGGCGGCGCGUGGAUUACAGGUUGAUAGUGAGAAAACAUAUUCCCCAGUUCUUUGAAUUGAUUAGUCCCUAUUUUUAGUGGACCAAAAUACAGACGGGGAGUUUGUUACUACUUUUAAAUUAUUU